AUGGCCGACCCCCGCACCGCAGCCACCAUGGCGGACGGGGCCCUCCGUCGCACCCAGCGCCGCCUGAUGCAGCCGGCCUUCUCAAACGACGCGCUCAACGGGUAUGUGCCCAUCAUGGGCCGCAUCGUGGAGGAGUCGCUGGCGGCGCUGGCGGCCGGCGGCCCCUUUGAGCUGCGGUCAGAGGUCAGGACCACCACGGUUGACCUCGCCAACAGCCUGCUGGUCGGCCUGACUGGCCUUGACUCUGCCGCCAAGAGGGAGCUGCAGGCCGUCAUGGACGACUUCUUCAGCGGCACACAGGCCCUGGAGCUGUCGGAGGAUCCCAACAGCGUGUUUGGGAGGGGGCUGGCCGCCAAGAAGCGGCUGUUUGAGAUGCUGCAGCCGGCGCUGGUGGAGCAGCGUGACGCGCUGCUGGCUGAGGGCCACAUCCGCAGUGACGGCAACACAAAGCCCAGGAAGUCGGUGCUGGGCUGCAUGAUGGACGCGCGCAUUGCUAUGGGCGACGCCGACGCGUUGCACGAUCUGGACGUUCUCACCUACCAGUGCAUAGGCAUGCUUAUGGCCGGGGUGGACACCAGCGGCAGCAGCUUCACCACACUGCUGGUGGCACUCACUCAGAUGCCUGAGGUCGUUGAACGCCUGAGGGAGGAGCAGCAGAAAGUCAUACAGACCCACGGCCCCGGCCUCACGCGCGCCGCACUGGAUGCCAUGAAGUACUGCGACGCGGUGGUCAAGGAGGUGCAGUACAUCCAGCCCGCGGGCGCAGCCAACCUCAGGGUGGCCCUGAAGGACCUCGAGAUCGGUGGCUGCUCCAUCCCUGCGGGAGCCAUGAUCGUUGUGCACUGGCACGCCGCGCACAUGCUGGAGGAUGCGGAGUUCUUCGGCCGCCAAACAGUGCCGCUGCCGCGGGCCGGCCGCCCCGCGGUGCUGGACAAAGACUACCUCUCACAGGUCUUCCGCCCCGAGCGCUGGCUGGCCGGCGGCGUCGGCGGCCGCAAGCCGACGAUGCUGACAUUCCACUACGGCCCCCACACCUGCCUGGGCACGACCCUAUACAUGCUGGAGGCCAAGGCGCUGCUGGCGGCCCUGGUGCGCGGGUACGACCUGGAGCUGCUGGCCGACCCGGCCACCAUCCCAUGGACCUACGCGCCCCUGUCGCUGCCAGACAGGGCGGUGCCGCUCAUGGCCCGCCUUGCGGCGCGCGCGUGA